AUGGCUUGGUAUGAUGUCUUCGUGCUAUGGAUAUGGUGGUGCUGGGAGCGCAUACGGCCCUUCAUCAGCACCAGGAGGAAUGGACGGAACGAAGACGACCUAACUUCGCUAACCGAUAAAAUGCCCGUUUUUGAAGAUAAGAUUAUCAACACCUCUGUUAGAUAUGUCAAUGGGGAGAUCGUUGCAUAUGUCGUCCAGACCGAGUAUCUCGAUACACAAGAGGUCUGCACUGCGGAUACCAAACCGGAUAAUUCCUGCUCCAAUAGUAUGUCGGACCAGAGUACAGCUGUCGAUGAGGACGAGGCGAAGGCCCUGGAAGAACCAGAACGCUUCACAGUUCGCCCUUCGUAUAUUGGAUCCACUGGCAAACGCACGGUCGACUUCUUCUACAAGGUCUCUCUACCACUGGAUGAUCUUGAGAUGAGAGCAAAGGAAUCGCGUGUUCCGGAGUCUAGCGAAGAUCUGAUUGAGGCUCUUUUUCACUAUCAAGGGGCUGAUAUCUGGGUAUAUGUUCCUUAUUCGUACGCUAAGGCUCGAAUGGUUUCAAGCGGUCCCCACUGA